CCCUAAUGUUCCCUAUCACUACCUCUACCACUACGGGAUUUGAAUCGAUAACUGAAUCUCUGUGCUAAUGUGGUUUGGGCAACUCAAACUGAUGUACGUACGUACAAAGUUUCACGUUGUUUCUGACUGACUGACUGACUAUGUAUCCAAUGUUUUAUGAAGAUUUUGAGUACAAAGGAUCGGUUAAAUGGAUAGACAAUGAUCAUCUUAAAAUGGUUUAUUUCCAAACGUCUUAACACAUUACAGACACGUUUAAAGAAUUAAAGUUGGUAAGAUCAAAUAAAACUACAAAAAUUUAAUUUUCAGGCAAAAUGUUUUUGCUCAUAGUUCUUCAGUCUGUUGGAUUUUAUCGUCUGAACAAAUACAGGUCAUCUAGUCUGUUUUAGUCUCAUCACUAAAUGUCUCAACUGAGAACACUGGUAAUGUUGACUUUUAAAUCUCUUAAGUUAAGAUUGACUUCAAGCUGGUUGAUAAACAAUACAACAGGGAAACUAAUGAUGUAUCUACAGAAUAAAGCCAACUACAUUAAUUAUUUACCUGCUUAUUGACUGGUAUUAUUCAUGCAUGCUGAUCCAUAUCCUCUUUAAAUUGGACUGUGCACGGAUGGUGAUCUAAUCCUAAAUUGAUUGCUAACGUGUAUCUGGACAUAUUUCGCAGUUUUUUAGUAAAUUUUCAAUAUUAUUGUGUGAAUCACUAAUUUUUCUUAUUUAACAUAUGUUGCUUUGGUUGUUCUGAUAAAUUUUGCUUUUUAUUAAUCGUUUUGUUUAUUGUACUGUAAAUCGCAGUUACAUAGGUUAAUCUAAUUUUCUAUUAUACCAUAUCUAAACAUGUUUAACUUCUCGUGAUAUAGUAAGGUUUUUCUUUCGGACGUAUAAAUAUAUAUAUUUACAGACAAAGCAGAAAACAUUCUAACCAGAUCGAGUUAUAUAAAAACCGAAAAACAAAUUAAAUCACCAGAUCUUAGUCGGCCAGAUUAUCUAUUAAAUAAUGAAGACAAUAGUCAAGUAUGUCACUGGACAAAACGACUUUUGUAUAAAGAUUAUGACGCACAACAUAGCAAUAAAAUCGAGUUGACGGAUAAUACAAAAUUAAAUGCAUUUGCUAUACAACUUUUUACUAUGAAACCGGGAUAUGAAUCAAGAUUUAUGGAUAUGCUACCACUGUUGUUUAGUCAAUUUUCUGAUUUAGAAUAUGCUGUAAUUACAGUUCCGAGAUUGGUUAAAUGUUUCCCAAUGCUGAAAAGUUUUGUACAUUGUAGAAUAAGACAAAAUAAAGAUCCUGAACAUGAAUUAUUUGUACUUCAUCGCUGUGAACUUCAUAGAGAUUUUACCGUAAGACGUACACGCCAUUCUGAUGAAGAAGAUAUCAAAUUACUAAUCAGAAAUAUGAAUACAUUUGACCGUUCUUUGUUUCUUUCUGAUUUACAAUCAUUCAUAAGUAAUGGUCGAGAUGAAGAUGGGACAAUAAUUUUUAGUUAUGUUGCUAUUGCAUUGGGUAAAUUAGUCGGUGUAGCAAUUUUACGCGAUGAACAUCAUAUUGAAUGGCUUCGAGCUCACUACAACAUUGAAGAUUUUAUAUACUUUGCACAUCAUGCUCGAAAUGAGCAUGUUUCAUUGUAUCAUUUCUUACUAGCAGCUAAUUUUCAGUCAAGAACAGAGUUGUUUCUUCGAGAAAUUCUGCGUCUAUCUAAGAAAACAUGUAUUUAUUACCGUGUACUUCCACCAUAUGCAGAGGAAUCAAAAUUUAAUCAAUGUACCCUAAUCACUUGUCUAUCCAAAUUAUCUCCUGUUAAACCAAGAAAACAAAUUAUUUAUCCAAAAUCUAUAUUAAAUAAUAUUAAAGGACCAGAGAAUAGAAUAUUAGAAAAAUUUAAUUCAAUGCCAGCUUUAUUUAUAACAACAAAAAAAUUAUUAAUGGAACCAAAAGAAUUAAUUAAUGCUAGAAUUAUUAUUGUUGGUGCAUCAACUACUGGAUUAGCAAUACUUGAAAAACUAAUCACAUGUCCAUAUAUUCGAUUUACUAAUCUUGUAUUAUUGUCUCCAAAUGGUUUGCCUGGAGAUACUUUAGAAAGAAUAAAUCCUCUCGCCUACAAAUUUCUAUCAACAGAUUAUGCUUAUCCUGUUGAUUAUUUAAGUCAACUUGGAUUCAAAGUUUGUGUUAAUGUUAUAUAUGGUAAACUUACUGCUAUCGACAGGAAAUUUAAAAGGAUAACAAUAUCAUCUAAACAAAAAUUAUCAUAUGAUUAUUUAAUUAUAACAACUGGAUUACAAUAUCAUGUAAGUUGUCCAAUGUCUAAACUAGAAAAUCUUACCAAAGAAGAAACUAUCGAUCAUUUCAUAUCAAUGAAUUUUUAUUAUAAACAUAAUCAAGAUAACAACAACUGUGACAAUGUUAAUGGUGGUUGUUAUAGGACUAAUAAUGCUAAUAAUGCCAACCCUAACCAUCGGUUUGCAAUUUUGCAAUCAAAAACAUCCCGACCAAGUAACUUGUUCGUGAUCAAUGAUAUAUAUGAUGUCUUACCAAUAAUAGAUCGGAUCAAUAAUAUUUGUUUACCAUUAUAUCAUGAAGUACAGUUUAUUACUUCAGAAAAUAGAACACCUUCAUUUGAAAUUGAAAGUUUCAAUUCUGACAAACAACUGAACAAUGAAAAUGAUCAAAUCUGUGAAGAAAAACGAAGAAGCCAACAAAAUUCAAUGAAAAAGCAAAAACAAUGUGAAAAUAAUGAGAUUGAAGAGCAAUUAAAAUCGCAAUCAAAUCAAUUAUUAUACGACACAUUUAACGACCUAAAUGCCUCGGAUAAUGAAGAGAUAGUUAACAAAUUAUUUAUUAUUUAUGGUUAUACAAUUGAUGCAUAUACAUGUAUCACAGGUUUAUUAAAUGCUGGUGUGGAUGGAAAUUGUAUAAUUAUGAUACAACCACCAAAAAUGAAACAUUGUCCACCAGCUUUUGAUAGCUCUGUUAUUCAACGAAAAAUACACAGGCAUAUGAACAAACUGAAAAUUCGUAUUGGAUACGAUUUUAUAUUAGACCAUUGGUGUAAUAGUAACAUGGAAUCCAGUUCAUCUGACAUUAAAACAGUUACAUUUAAUUCAGAUGGAAAACUUUUAACUAUACCAUGUUUAGGAUUAUUCUAUUUCCAUAUAAAGACGGUAGACGUGGAUGUAUUCAGAGCUUUAAAUGAUUCAUGCAUAGUAUUUGAUUCAAGAUUAGUAAUCGAUAUUAAUUUUCGUACAAAUGAUUCAUCAAUAUUUGCUGCUGGUCCAAUAACGAAAUUAAAACGAAUUUAUUAUAAUGAUUAUUGGAGACAUGAAAUUGCAAACAGUGUGGAAAUUGGUCACUGUUUAGGAGAUCAACUUUUAAAUUUAUUUGAUCCAAAUAUUGAAAACCUAAAAGCACCUCCAGUAGAUGAUUCAUUUAUUUUGCCAACAUUUAAGCAAUCUAAAACUGUUGGUGCUUUACUGCCGGGUAAUCUUUUUUAUAUUCAUUGUACACAACCAUCAUUAUGGGAAUCCAUGGAUACUAGAAUGAAUAAUUCUGAAUUCGGUCGUUUACUGGUUACUGGUGAAGAUGCUGAAGAAAUACGAUAUUUUUCUAUCUAUAUCAAUAAGUAUAAUUUAAUACAGGACAUAACCUGUUUAUCUACAAAGGAAUUCCCUGCUGAGAACUAUAUUCAACUAUUCAAUUUACAUGAGUUCCUUUUAAACCAUUUAGUGUCAAGAUUUGAUGAAGGUUUGAUUCAUGAUUUUUAUGAUUACUUUAAUGACACAUGGUCUCUAGCAAUUUAUCACGAUCGUUUUGCCGAUUUCAAGUCCGAAAUACGUAACCUGCUUAACACAUGUUCGCCUACGAUGGCAGACGAAUCAAUAGAAGCAAAAUUACGAACAAUAAUUAAAGAAAAAGAUAAGGUUUCACUAAAUGAUUUUCAAGAAUUAAAACGAUUAUAUAAUAAUGAAUAUAAGAAAGAAGUAGAACAACGUUUAAUUAAAUUCAUUAUGUUUAAUUAUAAUUUAUUAUCAAUGUAUGCCAAACCUGAUCUUGUUUAAAAUAAAAUAUGAUCUAAUUUUGAACAAGAAGAAAUAAAAGAAGAAAAUAAAAGAUAAAAAUUAUAUUAUAUAAAACUAAUGAAAUCAAUAAAAUCAAUAAUAAGAAUUCUAUCCUCUACCGAGUAUAUUUUCUAAAAGAAAAACACAUUUGAAUUAUGUACCACAAAAAUAUAAUACAAAUUAAAUAAAUAAAACAAUUAAUAUUUCCCUUUUUUUUCAAUAAUUAAUCUACUAACAAGACAAUAAAGAGUUAAUAUUAAAUAAGUAAUCUUUUUACGAAAUCGAUUACACAUAUAAUCAAACAAGGAUAUCAAGUUGAAAGCAGUGUAUAUCAUAAUACAUUUUAAAUAAUUCAGUUAUGCGCUACAAUUGUUAUUAUUUUUAUGAAUUUUCCUUUUUGCACUAUAAGAUUCUCACUUGUUAUGACAACUUGAAUUGUUAUACAGUUGCACAAGAUCCAGAAUUAAUAAUGUCCAUCCCUGAAGGAAAGUAUAAUCUUAUUUCAUGUUAUGAUCCCACUAAUUAGUUGCUAGAUUUCAUUUAUUUAUAAUAAAUAUAUAAUGACAUAUUCAGAAUUAUCCCCUAAUUUGUCAAUAAUCGAUAACAUGAUGUAAGUGGUUUAAGUUGAUUUGAGGUAUUAAAUAAGAAACUCUAAUUUUAGAUUUCCUUUGUUGUUGUUUUCUUUGAACCCAGAUACUUCAGUAUCUCUAAAAUCCUUCAAUUGUGCUACACGUUAUUCACAAUUGUUUCACGGUUUUAUGUUGAUUGAUCCUAACUACUUUGGAUAUAAAACUGUGAAGUGUAAAGUUGAAUUAAUUAAAUCAGUGAUUACAUUGAAAAUGGAUCGAUGUAAUUCAUUUACCAACAAUAGCUACUGAGCAGUAAAUUAGUGUACAAAGUUUAUAGCUAAAAUAUAUUUAAAACGA